AUGCCCCUAAUUAAAGAUCUACUUGCUGAGGCGGCUAAAGGGAAAAUAUUUUCCAAGCUUGAUCUCAGAGACGCUUAUUUCCGGGUGCGCAUCAAGGAAGGCGAUGAAGCGAAAACCGCCUUCAACACUCCAUUGGGGCAGUUCGAGUACCUCGUGAUGCCGUUCGGUCUUCAAGGGGCCCCGGGGGUCUUUAUGAAUCUGAUCAACGAGGUGUUGCAUAAACAUUUGUUUAAGGGGGUGCUUGUUUACUUGGAUGACAUUUUAAUCUAUUCCCCCAAUCUAACCUCCCAUGUGAAGUUGGUGAGAGAAGUUCUGAGUACGUUGCACAAGCACAAACUGUUUGCCAAACUCUCCAAGUGCGAAUUCCAUAAAACACACAUUGAUUUUUAG